AUGGGCCUGUGUAUUGAGUGUUUAUUCUAUGUGCAUAUUUUAUUGUCCUUGCGUACGCAGAUGGAGAGUAUCUUUCAUGAAAGGCAAGAUGGAUCGUUAUGCGCACAACAUUGCCUGAACGCCCUGCUUCAAGGUCCAUAUUUCACCGUGGUUGAUCUUGCUGACAUCGCCAGGAAAUUAGACGACGAAGAAUCACAAAGUUUGGGUAUCAGUAAUCCUGGGAAAUCGCAAAAUAUGGAUGAAAGUGGCAUGUUUUCGGUUCAGGUUAUCAAGAAUUUCCUUGAUUGA